CCGGGGCAUCCCCCCGCGGCCAUCCCCCUCACGGCCGCCGCCCGGGCCUGCGAGCCGCCGCCUCCACACACGGCGGCAGCGGGGAGGAGCGGCGGAGCCCCGCCGUCGCCAUAGCAACGCGACGGCCGCAAACCGCUCCCGGGGCAGGCGGCAGCGGCGGCUGAGCCCACCGGCGCGCUGACGGACGGGGAGCGCCGGCAGCAGGCACGGCUCGCCAGAGAGGUGGAAACUGGGCAACGUCGGUGAAAGUGCCGGAAAACCGGCCGCCCGUCCUCACCGCCACCAUCUCCUCACGUCGCCAUCUCCUCACUGCCGCCAUCUCCUCACCGCCGCCAUCUCCUCACGUCGCCAUCUCCUCACGUCGCCAUCUCCUCACCGCCACCAUCUCCUCACCGCCGCCAUCUCCUCACGUCGCCAUCUCCUCACGUCGCCAUCGCUUUUGGCCUCGGACCGUCCACGUCCCUCCCGCUCAGGGAGCAGCGUGAGGCCGUCGGGAGCAGCCCCCUCACCCCACCCCGAACACCCAGCCGGCAGCACGCACGAUGCCUCUCUUCGGGAAGACGUUCAGCCCGAAGAAGACCCCCCCUCGAAAAUGCGCCUCCCUCUCCAACCUGCACUCGCUGGAUAGAUCGACCCGUGAGAUUGAGCUGGGCCUGGAGUACGGCAUCCCCACCAUGAACCUCGCUGGCCAGAGCCUCAAGUUCGAAAAUGGCCAGUGGGUGGCAGAAUCGGGAAGCUUCACGGGGGAUCGUAGGGAAAUGCAGCGCUUGCGCAAACGAAACCAGCAGCUGGAGGAAGAAAACAACCUCCUUCGGCUGAAAGUGGAUAUUCUGCUGGACAUGCUCUCCGAGACCACGGCCGAGUCCCACCUGAUGGAGAAGGAGCUGGAGGAGCUGAAGAACCGCAGCCGGCGGAGAAAAUGAAGACGAAGAGGAGGACGGCGGGGGAAGCGAGGAGGCCGGCUCGGGGUCUCGGCUGCCCGUGGGCACCGGACAGCCGGGGACUGGUUUGCGCCUCCCGAUCCCGUUGGGUACGGUGUGUAGGUACUUCGUUCCGCGACACCGCGAGUCACGAGAUGCCUCCGGUGUUGCGCGGUGCUGUAGGUACCGCGUCACGGCGGGUUGUCACGCCGCCGCGCUGUUAAUUAACGCUCCCCCCCUUUUUUUUUUUUUUUUUUUUUUAUCGAGCACUUUUUACCUGGCUCCUUUCCCUCCCCGCAGCCCAGCCCAGGUACGCUCUUCCCUGACCAGAGCGGGGGGAGGAGAUCCGCCUCGGGGUGGGGUGAGCCCAAAAAUGCGGGGAGACCCCCCCCCCAAAAAAUCUGUCCCCUCAGGGGGAGCCUGCGGCGGCUUGUACAAGUUUUGGGAUGCCGGAGUUGCUUGUUCUCAAGCGUUUCGCUUAUUUUACAUAAAAAUUUACAUUUCAAACCAGA